CUGAUCUAGAAGUGCAGAGGGCAAGGAAGAGCGAUCAUUUUGUCUAAUGUUUCAUGGCGGCAGGCGGCAGAGGCCUGCAAGAGCCAUUUUGCAGGGCGCUGGAUCUGCCAUCCCGCCUCUGUCACUCUUCUACCAUCAGCUUCUCACAGAUGCAGUGCUUCAAGCAGUCUCUGUGUUUCAUUAGACAGGCACCAGCGUUCAAAGUUUUUGCAGGUCGCUCUCACUACGGCCGAUUUCCCACAUCUCCUCUCUGUUUGCCCGACCCAGCACCGCCCUGGCUCGCGGAAGCGAGGAAAGCCGUGGCGCGUCAACCGUUACCGCUCAGUGAGCAGCUAAGUCGACUGGGCGGUUAUGCUUCUCUCCAAAGCAAGCAGUCAGAUGCAAGUGGUGGAAAGGCUGGUCUUGAAGAUAAGGGACUCGAUCAAACCCCUUACAGACAGUAUGCUGAAGACAGCAAGCAGCAUUCAACCCUGUGGGCAAUCACUGCGCGGAACGAUGACUUUGACGGCGCCUUCGAAGUGGAGGCACGAGCGCAGGGCUAUCAGGAGCUGAGACCAAACGUGUUUGCGGUGGGGGGGUCCGAUGCAGGUGUGGUGCAGCAGGGGGUAUGGAGGAGGAUGGUUGGGCUAAGGCUCAUUAUGGAGCCUCUGGUGGUGGCGGCUACACCAGCAGAACUCGUCUCACGCACGAUGGACUUGUCGCUCGACCUGGUUCAGACAGAGUUCAGCAUCUCGCACGAGCGCUUGGAACGGAACGAGGGCGCCAAAGAGCUGAGCCAAGUGGCUCUGCGGAGACACUUGGGCGCCGUGCUCGGCAACCCCAACUGGGCGGCGUGCAAAGACGAGCCGGGGCUGACGCGGCCGCGGUAUGUCGUGCUUGAAAUGACAGAAGGGUACGUCCUUGGGUACGUGGUAUUUGCUCCGCCCCUCCUCGGUCUGGACUACUCGUCUGCUCCUCAAACGUGGAGUGCGGCGCUCCCUCCUGAGCUGGCGGCUGUGGCGGUGAAUCUCGUGGCGCGACCGGGGGACACGCUGAUCGACCCGUGCUGCGGUUCGGGAACCAUCCCGUUCGAAGCUCACAGGCGUGGGGUCCACGCACGUGGCAGUGACGUCAAUCCUACGGUGCUGAAGAUGGCAGCGGCCAACUUCCGGCACCUGGGGGUACCGUACCGUGCUUCUUGGGACGAGCGUCCGAGCAGCGGUGCGGACGCUUCUGGAAAGAAACGCCAAAGGCUGUCCGAAUCGAAGAAGAGACUCGAAAAUGGUGGAUCGCCACAUGGGUGUGUUUCGAGCAACGGGAAUGGGCCGCAUGCUCGACUGGAAGAGGGGCCGCAUGAGGAGAGAUCUCAUACUAGGAGUAACGUUCCGGACACUUCUGACCGAGAAGGGGACUUAAAUAGAACGAAUUUGAGCAGGGAACCAAAUUUAGCGAGUAGACAGUGGGAGGAAAAGGAACGAACGCACGCUAUUGAGUUGUCAAUACGAGAUGCCUUGCAACUAGACGCGACUGCAGACUGCCUCGUUGCGAAUCUACCUUACAACAGGUUUCUUGAGGUUAGCGAGGGGGAUAUAGAAGAGCUGGUGCGGAGACUGAGGGACUGCGCCGAGCGUUUUGUGUUCUUUGCGGGAGCGCCUUUGCGAGCUAAGUUAGAAAAGGAGGGAUACGAAGUGGUCACGGAGGUAGACAUAGGGAGACGAGGUAAACGAUACAUGUCGUGGGCUCGCUCAAAACAAUGCUCGUCCACAAACCUUGAAGGUGCCCAAAGAAUGCAGAGUACAACGUAUGUCUGAAAAAGACAGCAACGGCUGCCUGUACGUCGCGGGUUGUUCGCAACAGUUAAACGGUUUGCAAAGUCCUGAUAAUAAGGUUCUUGCACCGGACCGGGU